UUUCUACCAAAUUUAUGUUCGAAUUGAGUCAGUUUUAUCAAUUUUAAACCAAGCUAAACUCAAAUAGAUAACAUUCGUUGAAAGGCUAACCACGCGUUUAACUCUUAAUUCUCUUGCUAAUAUUUUUUCUCAAUCCAACCCCCAUUUUUAUCCAUUAACUACUACUUCAUGGUCAACCGACAAACUUUAUCAAGAAAUGUCAUGUUGAAUAAUGAAUGAUAUGACCAGCUCUCCAAAGUUGACUAAACUUUGCACUAAAAUAGUAACAAGAUAAACACAAAGAUUAAUAUAUUAUUAUGUCAACAAAACCACCCCUUAAAUUAUAUAUAUAUAUCCCUCUAAUAUCAUUCUUCAAAGCAUCAAAAACACAAACUCUACACACAAAAAAAUAAAAUAAAAAUGACAACAAUGUUAAAUAACAAUAUUAGCAUAUGGUUUUCAUUUGUUGUGUUACUGAUUAUAUAUAGUGUACAAGUUGAAGGUCAAAACUGCCGAACAACGGGCUAUUUUAGAGCCACAAGCCCUCCACCAGGAAAAUGCAGCACCAACUGUUGUAUCCAAAACACAGUUUACUUCACCUUUCAAUGCUCCCCUUCAGUAACCUCCCAAACACCGGGAAUGCUCACACUUAGAGCCUUUCAGAACAGCCAGUCCAAGUGUGACAACGCCUACCAUACCGACAACUCACUGGUGGUUGCACUCUCGACAGGGUGGUAUAAUAGUGGGGCACGGUGUGGGAAGAUGAUCGCAAUAAGUGGGAAUGGGAAGACUGUGAAGGCUAAGGUGGUUGAUGAGUGUGAUUCUACAAAGGGGUGUGAUGCAGGGGAGGGUUAUCACCCACCUUGUGGGUAUAACAUUGUUGCUGCUUCUAAGGCUGUUUGGAAGGCUCUGGGGGUCCCACAGAGUCAGUGGGGCCAACUCAAUAUUACUUGGGCUGAUGCUUAAGAUGAAGAAUAUGUUAUAAGAUCUUUUAUAAUAGCAAGUAUUAUGAGCUAAUGUAGUAAAAUCUUGGUAAAAUAAAGCUCAAUUUCAUCACAGCAAACAAAUUAUCAUGUACUCAGUUCCACAAGAAUAAAAUCUCCCUGAAGAUGCAAAUGAGUCACGUCCAGAUUA